ACACAGAUCCAUGAGGCAGCAGUCACUUCAGGAGGAAAACGCAAAGGAGGAACAGGGAAACAUUACCUCACCCUUAACGGAAUUUUAGUGCUGCUUAUGAAACAGCUAUUAUUCUUCAGUCUUUUAGACGCUUUCCCUUCUACGGACUACAUUAAGAAAUAUAAAAAAUAAAGGUCCACCAGGAAUCAUUAUUUGGUGCCUAUGAUCUCUCUUGCACUUAUGAUGAUUUGUCUACUGAACACAACCAAAAACUAAUGAGCUUAUGCAAUUUGGAUCACACCAUUGUAUAAUAUGCAGGCCAUUAAGAAAGAGCCGUCCUACAAUGUUGAGGAUGACCUAGUCCUAGCCAUGUCUCUGCAAGGCACAGACGGAGACUUGCCCAGCAUGCCCUUCAAGGCCAAACCAAACUCAUGCCGCAGAAAACGUGAGUUUAUCCCGGAGGAGAAAAAGGACACGUUGUACUGGGAGCGGAGACGCAAGAACAACGAGGCGGCCAAGCGCUCACGAGAGAAGCGCCGGCUCAAUGACAUGGUGCUAGAGAACAAGCUAAUGGCUCUGGGUGAGGAGAAUGCUUCACUCAAAGCUGAGCUUCUGUCACUGAAGCUAAAGUUUGGUCUGUUGACCUCAGCCGCCUAUGCUCAGGAGGUGCAGAAGAUCACCACUUCAACUAACGCCCUGUACCAGGAAUUUGUGCCUCCUAAUGGUGUCAAAGGCUCAUACCCCCGAGAGGCUGAGCCAUCAUGUCUGAGCAGUAGCUGCAUAUCAGUGAUCAAACACUCACCUCAUAGCACCUUAUCAGAUGGAUCUGAUUCCUCAAGUACUAUGAACACAUGCAGGACACCGGAAAUCAUCAAGCAAGAGCCACUGGAGAACGGCAACUAUUCGAGAGACCGAGCCAGUCCUUAUGAAUUAUACAGAAAUUACCUGAAUAGCCCUUUCCCUGGAGGCUACUCUCAGCCAAAUCCAUUCCUGCCGCUCACCAGAUCGUCAAGUAAUUCCCCCCGGACCUCAGACGGCGAUGAUGGGACCGUGAGCAAGUCAUCAGAUGGGGAAGAUGAACAGCAGGUCCCCAAAGGUCUGGCACCAUCCACUGCUGACCAAAAAAGUGUGAUAGUCUCUGCUGUAAAAGUGCCAGAUACCAGUGGUUCAGCUCUGCCCCACAAGCUGCGCAUUAAAGCCCGGGCCAUCCAGAUCAAAGUAGAGGCUAUCGAUCCUGACUACGACUCAACUGGGAAGUUCUCUUCCCCCAUUGACAUGUCUGCACAGGCAUGCUACCAGAUGGGUCAGGGAUCUACACCUGAAUACACCCAGUCAUCACUUAGCCCGCUCUCGCUGCAGGUGAACCACGUCCAGGACUGGAUCCAGCAACCAGAGUACUGGCACAAAGACCAAACAGAGGCUUUGCCAAAUGGCUACAAGAACAGACUUUGUCCUGACUCACCUGGGCCUGUGACUAACAAACUCAUUGUAGACCUUAAGGAUGGCUGCUAUGCCAUCUCAGAGUCUGAGAACUUGUACUUGAAAAAAGGCAUCGCCGACCUGUCGGCAGAAGUGGCCUCCCUGAAAAAGUUGAUUGCAACACGGCAGGGUUCUGUUAUCGAGUCCACCAAAAGCACUACUGAACAUGACUUAGUAUCUAAAGGAUGUUACUCAAACUGAGGCUUCUCUGUUUGCACAACACCUGUUUUCUUAAAAAUGGUGUCUUAAAGCUGCAGUUCAUCGAGAUGAAUAGUGGUUUUGUGCACUUACUGUUGUAGAUUGGCGUGUCCUCCAGAUGACUCCUUCUGGUAGCCCAGAAGCCAAAAUGUUUCGGCUACUACAUGCAAAGUUAAUGCUGUCUUCUUCAAAAUUUGUUGUACAUUAUUGUAUGUUUGUUUUUUUGUUUGUUUACAAUAAAUGUAUGUAAGCACUGAAGCACCAUUUUUGUCUUUUCCACCUAUACAGGAUGUAUUGAAAACUGCAUUGUACCAUGAAUUGUCUAAAGAUUUUAAAGGAACUGCAGUUCUAAACUGUCAGUGCCUCUGUAAAACUUUGUUUUUACUGUGCCAUUUCUAUGGGGGUUCACCGUUUUUAUCCUGUGUUCUUUUUGAGGAACAAUAGGUAGCAUUUUUCAUGUUGAUAAACUGUCAAUAAAAUAAAUAUUGCUAAAAAGA